AUGAACCACGACAGCAACGACACGCAGGUCGUCAAGCUGACCGGCGAGGAGGUCGCCCAGCACAACAACAAGGACUCGUGCUGGGUCAUUGUCCACGGCCGCGCCUACGAUGUCACCGAAUUCCUGCCAGAGCACCCCGGCGGCCCAAAGAUCAUCCUCAAGUACGCCGGCAAAGACGCGACCGAAGAGUAUGAACCCAUCCACCCUCCCGACACGCUCGACAAGUACCUGGACAAGUCGAAGCACUUGGGAGAAGUGGAUAUGAACACCGUGCAGCGGGAAGAGAAGGAGUAUGAUCCAGAGGAGGAGGAGAGGCAAAAGCGCAUUGAGACGAUGCCCAUCCUGGAACAAUGCUACAAUCUCAUGGACUUUGAGGCUGUUGCCCGGAAGGUUAUGAAGAGGACCGCGUGGGCAUACUACUCGAGCGGCGCCGAUGAUGAGAUUACUAUGCGCGAGAACCACAACGCCUACCACAAGAUCUGGUUCCGUCCGCGGGUCCUCGUAGAUGUCGAAAACAUCGACACCACUGCCACGAUGCUCGGCACAAAAGUUGACAUGCCCUUCUACGUCACUGCAACGGCGCUUGGCAAGCUCGGAAACCCAGAGGGAGAAGUCAUUCUGACGAGAGGCGCAAAGAAGCACAACGUCAUCCAGAUGAUCCCAACAUUAGCAUCGUGCUCAUUCGACGAGAUUUGCGACGCUGCAGAGCCUGGUCAGGUCCAAUGGCUACAACUCUAUGUAAACAAGGACAGGAACAUCACGAAGAGGAUCGUUCAGCAUGCUGAGAAGCGUGGAUGCAAGGGUCUGUUCAUCACAGUCGAUGCGCCUCAGCUCGGCCGCCGCGAGAAGGAUAUGCGGUCCAAGUUUGCUGAUGUCGGGUCCAACGUACAAUCGACUUCCGGCGACGACGUGGACCGAAGUCAGGGUGCUGCCCGCGCUAUUUCAUCCUUCAUCGACCCUAGCUUGAGCUGGAAGGAUAUCCCGUGGUUCCUCAGCAUCACUAAGAUGCCCAUUCUCCUCAAAGGUGUUCAGUGCGUUGAGGAUGUUAUUCGUGCCAUCGAGUCGGGCGUCCACGGUGUGGUCCUCUCCAACCACGGCGGCCGCCAGCUCGACUUCGCGCGAUCUGGUAUCGAGGUGCUAGCCGAGGUGAUGCCCGUCCUCCGCGAACGCGGAUGGCAAGACCGCAUUGAGAUUUACAUCGACGGUGGUGUACGGCGAGCCACCGACAUCAUCAAAGCUCUCUGCCUCGGCGCGAAGGGUGUUGGUAUUGGACGGCCAUUCCUCUACGCAAUGUCAGCAUACGGUUUGCCGGGUGUAGACCGCGCCAUGCAGCUCCUCAAGGAUGAGAUGGAGAUGAACAUGCGACUGAUUGGUGCGGCAAAGGUCUCCGAUCUAAACCCUACGCUGGUGGAUACUCGAGGCCUGAGCAUGCACACGGCGGUUGUACCGGAGGAUACAUUGGGUCGCAACGUGUAUGACCCGCUUAUUGGGCCCAAGGAAAAGGCGGUUUUCAAGGAGAAGGCCAGGUUGUAA